UAUGAGUAGACUAGACUCUUUACUGUAUUCGUUGGUCAGCACUGCAGAGAUUAGUUUGCUACACAGACGGGUAUACACAGACGGGGAUUGCUAAACCUGAAUCAUGCACAUCGUCAUUACAACUAACUGGGAGUGGAGCAGAAAUUGUGCAAGAUAUGGAUAGAUUUAUUUGGUAAAGAUUGCGUGGUUGUUGCUUCGAGUCAAGUUUCCAGCAAGUCCCCACUUCCAUUAUAAUGCUUCACGAGGACUCGACUCUUUGGAACCAUAGUUAUGUGCUGAUUUCCUCACGUGUGUUUUCUGUUAAAGUGGUGAGGCUGGGAUAAAACAGGAACAUUUGCAAACAAGAGGCAUUAGCGCGGGGACAUUUGUUUAGUUUUUUUGACUUGCUGUGAUUUCUGAAGUCGAGGAGGAAGGUGUGGAUAGUUGUGAUCCAUCAAAACCAGACAUGGGGAACGCAGGAAGUAUGGACCAACAAACUGAUUUCAGGGGACAUAACAUGCCUCUGAAACUACCUAUGCCGGAGCCAGGUGAAUUGGAGGAGAGAUUCGCAAUCGUUUUGAAUUCUAUGAACCUUCCUCCAGACAAAGCGCGACUGUUGCGGCAGUAUGACAACGAGAAGAAGUGGGAGCUUAUCUGUGAUCAGGAACGAUUCCAAGUGAAGAACCCCCCUCACACAUACAUCCAGAAGCUGAGGGGCUAUCUGGACCCGGCCGUCACCAGGAAGAAAUUCCGACGGAGGGUGCAGGAGUCCACCCAGGUCCUGAGAGAACUGGAAAUUUCAUUGAGGACCAAUCACAUAGGGUGGGUGAGAGAAUUCCUAAACGAAGAAAACAAAGGCCUGGAUGUACUGGUGGAAUAUCUUUCUUUUGCACAGUACGCUGUCACGUUUGAUGGCGACAGCGUGGAGAACAACCCGGAGAACUCGGUGGACAAGCCCUGGAGCAGAUCAAUAGAGGACCUCCAUAGGGGGAGUAACCUCCCGUCCCCCGUCAGUGGGAACAGCAUUUCCCGCGCCGGGCGACACUCCACGCUACGUUGCAACGCGUUGCCGAGCCGGAGAACCCUGAAGAACUCCCGGCUGGUCUGUAAGAAGGACGACGUUCACGUCUGCAUCAUGUGCCUGCGAGCCAUCAUGAACUACCAGUACGGCUUCAACAUGGUGAUGUCCCACCCGCAUGCUGUGAAUGAAAUUGCACUAAGUCUCAACAAUAAGAAUCCCAGAACCAAAGCUCUGGUGUUGGAGCUGCUGGCUGCUAUGUGUCUGGUGAGGGGAGGACACGAAAUCAUCCUCUCUGCGUUCGACAACUUCAAGGAGGUGUGUGCUGAGACACAGAGGUUCGAGAGGCUGAUGGAACACUUCAAGGACAUGGACAACAACAUAGACUUUAUGGUGGCGUGUAUGCAGUUCAUCAACAUCGUGGUCCACUCAGUAGAGGACAUGAACUUCAGGGUACACCUGCAGUACGACUUCACCAAGCUCUGUCUGGACGACUACCUGGAUAAGCUGAAGCACACGGAGAGUGACAAGCUGACAGUGCAGAUUCAGGCAUACCUGGACAACGUGUUUGACGUAGGUGCCCUGCUUGAGGACGCCGAGACCAAGAACGCUGCGCUGGAGCGCGUGGAGGAGCUGGAGGAGAACAUGUCACAUAUGACGGAGAAGCUGCAGGACACGGAGAACGAGGCCAUGUCCAAGAUUGUGGAGCUGGAGAAACAGCUGAUGACGCGCAACAAGGAGCUGGACUCGAUCCGGGAGGUGUACAAGGACGCCAACUCGCAGGUGCACACGCUGCGGCGGAUGGUGAAGGAGAAGGACGAGGCCAUCCAGAGGCAGUGCAACCUGGAGAAGAAGAUCCACGAGCUGGAGAAGCAGGGCACCAUGAAGAUCCAGAAGAAGGGCGACGGGGACAUCUCCAUCCUGCCGUCGCCGCCCGCCCCCGGGGGCCCGCUGGUGGCUGGCAUGGAGGUUGUGCCAGGGGUCUAUAACGGGGGCACGGUCAGCCCAAUGGGGUCAAAUGGGGUCCCGGGGAUGCCCGCGCCGCCCCCUCCUCCUCCUCCCCCACCACCUGUUCCUGGAAUCGUGCCAAAUGGGCCUUUGGCUGUUCCCGCCGCUCCUCCCCCUCCCCCCCCCCCUCCUCCCCCGCCUCCCCCCGGCCCCAUGGAGGUGUCUGCGCCCCUGCCCCCGCCUCCACCCCCCAAGGCCCCCCCGCUUCCUGGCUGUGGAUCCCCCACCGUCAUCUUCAAUUCAGGGUUAGCAGCCGUAAAGAUUAAGAAGCCCAUCAAGACCAAGUUCCGUUUGCCUGUGUUCAACUGGGUGGCACUGAAGCCCAACCAAAUUAACGGCACUGUGUUCAACGAGAUCGAUGACGAGAGGAUACUGGAGGACCUGAACGUGGAUGAGUUUGAGGAGAUGUUUAAGACGAAAGCCCAGGGCCCGGCCAUCGACUUGACAAUGAGCAAGACCAAGGUCAUCCAGAAGGGGCCCAACAAGGUGGCGCUGCUGGACGCCAACCGGGCCAAGAACAUGGCCAUCACCCUGAGGAAAGUGGGCAAGGCCCCAGAGGAGAUCUGCAAGGCCAUUCAGCUGUUUGACCUGCGCACCCUGUCGGUGGACUACGUGGAGUGUCUGAUGCGCUUCCUGCCCACGGAGAACGAGGUGAAGAUCAUGCGUCAGUACGAGAAGGAGAGGAAGCCCGUGGAGGCGCUGACGGACGAGGACCGUUUCAUGAUGCACUUCAGCAAGAUCGAGCGGCUCAUGCAGAAGAUGACCAUCAUGGCCUUCAUUGGCAACUUCUGCGAGAGCGUGCAGAUGCUGACACCGCAACUCCAUGCGGUUAUCGCAGCAUCUGUGUCAAUAAAAUCCUCACAGAAACUCAAGAAAAUUCUCGAGAUUAUCUUGGCUCUUGGAAACUACAUGAACAGCAGUAAAAGAGGAGCAGUAUACGGUUUUAAACUACAAAGUUUAGAUUUGCUGCUAGACACCAAGUCGACAGACCGGAAAAUGACUCUGUUGCAUUACAUAGCCAACGUGGUGAAAGAGAAAUACCACCAAGUCAACCUGUUCUACAAUGAGCUGCAUUAUGUGGAGAAGGCUGCAGCAGUGUCGUUAGAGAACGUUCUGCUGGAUGUGAAGGAGCUCCAGCGGGGCAUGGACCUGACCAAGAGAGAAUACAGCAUGCACGGUCACAACACCAUGCUCAAAGACUUCAUCACACACAACGAGGGCAAGCUCAAAAAGCUGCAGGACGACGCCAAGAUCGCACAGGACGCCUUCGACGAGGCCGUCAAAUUCUUCGGCGAGAAUUCCAAAACGACGCCCCCGUCCGUGUUCUUCCCGGUGUUUGUGCGCUUCGUCAAGGCCUACAGGCAAGCGGAGGAGGACAACGAGCAAAGGAAGAGAGCAGAGAAGAUGAUGAUGGAGAAGCUUCUGGAGCAGGAGGCCAUGCUGGACCAGGAGGACCAUAAGUCUCCUUCCCAUAAGAACACCAGGGGCAGGAGUCAGCAGCAGGAGGUGAUAGCUGAGCUGAGGAAGAAGCAGGUGAAGGAUACGGGCAGCCGCCACGUCUACGAGGGCAAGGAUGGAGCCAUCGAGGACAUCAUCACCGCCCUAAAGAAGAAUAACAUUACUAAAUUUCCCAAUGUCCACUCGAGGAUCUUCGAAAUCAGCCUUACAGGCGAGCCGACGCGGUGAGGAGGAGCGUCAGAAGGCGCUUUGACGACCAGAACUUGCGGCCGGUCAACAACACUGAAGUGGUCAUGUGACGAGGGAACAGUGCAUGUGCUAGGGGAGGGGGUAUGAGAGGGGGAGUGAUGUGGAGAAUGUAGCAGCCUCUCACUCUGGAUUGAAAGAGAUGGAUGGACAGAAAGAGAUGGACUGAAAGAAAGAAAUAUGGAUGGGUCUGAAAGGCCAGUUAUAGGGAACCUUAGACAAGCCAAGUGCCUGAAACAACUUUUCAGUUGUUUUGUUUAUUUUUUAUUACUUCAAGCAAUACAACUUGACCUGGCUUUAAUUGUAUUUUCCUUUGAUGUGUAAAACUGGACACAGAUGUCUGUAGGGGUAAUUCCUGGAAGAAAUUUUUCCUGAAAAAAGUGUAGAAUGUAUAUGUGACACUGUUCCCUUAUGCCUCGGUCACACCUACAGCGUCAUUGCGUUUUGGUACACCAGAAGUACAUUCAUUUCCAAUGGAACGCUGCGUUUGCCUUGCUGCAUUGCGUUGC